AUGUGCGAACAAAAGACAAAGAAAUACAUCUGCAGCCGCUGCUCCAACCUCAUCUUCCUCGGCGACUCCAUAAUCACCGAGUGCGAUCGUUACCGCUGGGGGAAACGCUGCGGCUGCCUCGAACAACUUGAUAUCAUCAGAUGCGAGCCCGACCUCUGCAGCCGCUGCCCCUUUUUGCCCGCUGACAGCCCUCUUCCCUUUACCGGCAAGCCAGACGUUGCUCCUGGUUCAGCCCACGAUGUUGAAAACCGCACCAGGUCCCAACAGAGCAAGAAGGUUCCAUAUGAGUAUGUUGGCAGCCCUGCUCUCGAAAAGACCAGAAAAAUGUACUUGGUCGGUAGAGUCGAUCCGGACCAGAAGGAGCGAGACGACAGACUCAACCGAGAGCUGGAUUAUUGGCUCACGAAGGAACUGGAGUUGAUGAAGAUUAGGGAUCACAGUGGAGAGUCUGUUCAAGAGAUCAAGGAGGAGCCCAAAGAGGAACCGAAGCACGAGCCCAGGGAUCAACCCAAGGACGAACCAAAGGAGGAACUCAAGGACAACCUCAAGGACGAAACCAAGGACGAACCCAAGACAGAUUCCAAGAAGGAGUGCAGGUGCAUAUGCAAAUGCAAGGGCAUGUUCAAGAAGAAGUCAAAGGAUGAGUCCAAGGAGUCAAAGAUGAAGUCCAAGGAGGAAUAAGCGGUUCAUCUCAAACAUUUGGAGUAUGGACUAGCGAAGUUUGGGCGACUACCAAUGGUAUGGACUUGGGUUCACACAAUGGAUGUGGGACAAUUAGUAUGCUUGUUUACUUUUGAAGGGCUACUGUAGGACCCGAACAGCUCAAGGUAAAUAGUGUUUCCAAUACUCGUCUGGAACAGCGUAUUUAUCCUUACCUUUCA